CUUUUUAGCAAACUACACCAUCCACGCCAGUGAAAACGACCACAGAAAAACCGAUGAAGCUCACUGAAUGCACUAAUAGUCAUACACAAACUAGCGUCGUGAAGGAAAAACUAACAAAAACAACUACCCCGGUCACGACGCGUACAAAACUUAACCCUAAACAAACAGUUAAAACAAAAACCAGCGACCAUCGUUUCGUCAUAAUAACAACGAAAAUAUUCUCGAAAAAGAUAGAAAACAAAGCGUUCAAUGGUGGUUUGCUGACAAAUGCACUUCCGACUAUUUCUAUGGCUAAGUUAUCCAAUGAGAAUAUAACAAGCGCGACCACUGAAAUAACUAAGAAAAGCAAAUGCCCAACUAUCAACUCGACCCUGCCUUCGCUGAAGAUAACCGUCGCCACCUCACCGACCGUCAGCGCCGAGAGCUCGGUCAGCACAACUGAGAGCUCGCCCAAAACCAGCACCACGCCAUUCACCACGGAGGAUAUGAAGGAACUAGAUGAAGAGAGUUUAUACAUCACCAGUAAUUAUUAUGAUUACCACACUGCGGACAUGGACUAUAACGAAGAUGAUAAUAAAUUUGAUACAACAACUAAAAUAAAAAAUAACACAACAAAUAAACAUUUGAAACGCGACGUAAAAUCACAAAAUACUUUUACCGCCAAAGACGUUGCUGCGAUCGAAGUAAUAGUAGAUUUAAUGCGGAAGAAUCGAAACUUAAAUGAGAACGAAAUAGUUGGAGCGUUCAACGAAAUCGCAAAUAAAUCAACGAUUGCCGAACAAUCAACAAAAGCGACACAACCAUUUGUUAAAUCCAGUGAUGGAAUAAGUAACUCUAUUCAAGUCCACAUCGCUAUCCCGUGCAAUAUUUCAAUAGAUAAAAAGAGAUCCCUCAGUGAACCAGUCAGGAUAAGAAAAGUGUUUACGGCCAGAUUGUCAACACCGGUCGACAUUGAGUACCAAAUACAUUCAGUUGAGGAUGUAGACCCAGUGCCUACUGAAGCUGCAUUUGUUAUUCCUCCUAAAAAUGUAACAACUAGUACAAAUUCUACAGACAUACCAAAUAUAAGUAACUUAAAGAAUUGCACGUUCACUGUCAUUAAUGAAAUAAAACCUAGAGCAGACAAACUUUCACCCGGAUUGUAUGUUCUCGUAGAAAAUCAAUCCAUUCCUGACGGUCAGUAUAUUUUAAAAGCUGUUGAUAGCGGUAAACUAUUGUCCGAUUUCAACAUUAAAGAUAAAUUAUCAGAUGUUAUAGUAACACCGAAAGGCAUAACGUCACCUAAUCCAAAUAAUUUGAGCAAGGUAACUUUGAGCAAAGAUUUUAUAGCGGUUGUCAAUAAACAUUUAAUGGAGCUAUAUCAAUACUUAAUGACAACGAAAGACCAUAAAAGAAAACUUAGAAAAGUUGACACAAAAUUAAAACGAAGCGCAACGAUAAACCAUCGUAGACAGAGAAGGGAAAUAAAUUGGGACACAAUAAAAAAAUACAUAGGCCAUGACAAAGUUUGUUACUGUCAUUGUAAACCAAAUCGCACGAUGUGCCGCGCGUGCGCUGCAAGUGAUGCCGUCAUAUCAGAAUUAAUAUUCGAAUUAGAUAACUUGGCACAAUACAUGAACGAUCAUUGUACAGAAAUACAAACUUACUUCUGGGUAAAUCCCAGUGGUGGUAGAAAGCUAAGAGAUGCUGUGCAUAGAAUAGACAAAACAUUAUAUGACUACUUCAAAAGGGUUUCAGGGAAAUGUAAAGGACGUCCUUGUAAAGUUUUUAUGUACAUGGACAAACGUGACUUUGUUAACCCUGAUAACAAAAGUAAUUACAUCGGAGAGCCUUUGAUUCAUGAUGUAGAAAAAUUAGCAGACCACUUAGAAAAGGCUUUAAAAUAUAACAUUGGCGAUGAAAAUCUCCUCGACAGUGGUACUAAAUGUCUAGACGUUAUAACAAAAUGUAUGCAUUUAAAAUCAUUUAAUAAAAGAGCCAACGAAGGUGAAAACAGACGUAUUAAAAAUGUGUACUCCUUAGACAAUGUCAAUGUCAACAUUAUAUGCAAGUCUGAUAAACUGGAGAGUACUCAAAAGAGUAUAUUUGACUCGACGUUAGGUGGUCCGCCAUAUUUAACUGCAACACCUGGAAUUUUAUAUUACGAUGACGCAGGAGAUUACGUAAAAGAUGAUGUUAAGAAAAAAGGAAUCAAAGCUCUUCUAACACUCAAGGGUUAUCCGAAGAAAAAAAGGAAGGAUAAAAAUCAUUGGUUUCCAUACAACGUUACACCAUCCAUAGGUAAUAUAGCUAAGAAAAAUGUGAAAAAGAGAUACGUUAGAAAUGAGUACCAAAUAGAAUCACCACUGAGCGAAGAGGGGAUCGAAUCGAGGUGGUUUAAUUUUUUGAAAGGCAAAAAAUAUCAAGAUCAAUUAGCAGACGAAGCUAAAAACUUGGAUGAUAAUUUCAAAUAUUUGAGUGAUAAUAAAACGGAAAAUGUUACAAGUACUACAGAAAACUCCAACAAAUUUGACUUCGAUCAAGACGACGCCACAGUUCAAAGUGUAGAUCGAUAUUAUAGCAUCGCCGCUUAUACUCUUUAUAAAAAAGUUCUGUCGGACGUUUCCCAUCCUAGAAAAAGAAUGAAAAUGAGUUCUAUACAACCGCUCAAAUCUAAAAUAAAGGACCCCUCAUCUCAUCUGGUAAACAAUUUUACGCCGUACAAAGCAAUAAAGCCUUUCAGUGCCAAAGUUAGAACAAUCCAAAGUAGUAAGAAAACUACUCACAUUCAGACCGCUGGAACAACAAAAUACCAUAAUAAAAACUUCGAUGCAAACGGUAGAAAUGUUACAAAGGAAGCUAAUUUAAUUUCGGUUACAAAUGCUGUCAAUAAUUACGAGGAAAAUUUACGUAAAAACUUACAAAAAUACAGCUUUAGCAGGCUUAAAGAAUCAACAAUUAAUUACUUAGAUGCAUCGAACGGCACGCGCGUCCUUGUAACUACCGCGACUACCCCCAUCUCUGGACACAAACACACCACAGCUUCCAAUACAAUUACUAUUAGAAGUUCGUUUACAAAGAAACGACCAGCCAUUCAAUCACACAAGCUUAACAAUAAAGACGUCACAAUAAGCGAGCCAGCUACCAGUACCAACUUGCCUUCGACUCCUAAACCGAAUCUGGUUAAAGUUCCACUCAAGAACACGCAGUCAAAAGAUGAACUGUUAUUCGGUGGCACCACAAUGAAUGCUGUCACCAAAGACAAUAAGGAACUUCUUUUAUCUAUUCUUGAUUUUGAGACAAAUAAACUCAACGAGGAGUGGCAAAAAAUUGCUUUGCGAAAAACAGCAGAGGAUGAAGACGACGACGGUCAAUCAUUUUUCCAGCUGCAUUCUGAGGUUUUCAUGACCAAUGAGAAACCCCAACAGCAUAAAGAAACUGAUCUUAAAGGUAAUCGCAAAGAAAGUGACCUCAAAGACGGUAAGUCGGUGACCGCCUUGAAUAUGGGACAUGGAGUGGUGGCUAACAAGAGUCCGUACAACAAGCAUAACCAGGAGGAACACAGGCCACAAUUGGUGACAAAAACUUCACCCUCCGCGAGGCAUCACGCGACACCAGCGAGCCCCACGACUGACACUUACUACGAUAUACGUAAAGACCUGCCAUCUAUAGAAUUACAGCCUCCACCCGACACCUGCCGUUCUAAACCCUGUCACGGGUUACUCGACAAGUUCCUUGAUAAAUUUAAGUUUAAAAUGCUUCCCGGAACUCGAAAGGAGAAGGUAGCCAAAACUCACCAAAACGGACCGAAAGGGCGGGCUUUAAAGAGGAAGUUGGAUCACGGGAAGCGGGUGCACAACAAAGCUUCUAACGAAAAUAACUCGGAGGCAGAAAACAGCACUAACCCCGUAACAGAGGCGGGCUGCCCACCUGAGUCUCCGUGUGACAACAUAGAAGAUAAGAAAGUACCUCAGGCCGCCGUCAACAAAACCGCUGCAAGCGCAGCGGCUCCUGCCAAGAAUGUGAACAAACAACAACAACAUGGACCUAAGAUGAACGAAAACCUUAAGAAAACUAAAACCCAUGGCGAAGCAGAGGUCCAUGAGCCGAGCUGCGUGCGGGGGCCGCUCUGCGACAUCGACGCAACUAUCAUACAUGUCAUCGACAUGUACAAGAAGCUGCCGGCGACAUCCUUCAGAACCUUCGUUAAGAAUAUAACUUGCUACGCGUACAAGAACCUGCCGUCCAUCUUUCAAUUACGAGACACCACGAAGACGAAGAAGUCUAGACACGGCAACGAGCAGGGUAGUAAGAUAUGGAGGUGGAACUGGGUGCGCGGCAAAAGGUCGACUAAAAAUAACUUUGCAGACAUUCCUUAUAGAAAUGAUGUCGAUUACGAUUAUAUCGAUGAUGACAAUAAAAGAAUGGAAAGCAAGUACCCAGUAGAGAAGAUACAGUAUAUUCUGGGAAAUAAUAAGGAGGACUACGACAAACUGUAUCUGGGCGCUGAUGGAGUGUACAGAGGGAGAGAGAACGAGAGAAGAAAGAGGAAAACGAUAGACAUGACGAGUGUCGUGAACGGCUUGACGAACUUACCUCCUCUGCGGGAGUUAGUGGAUGAGAUAUUCGUGAUCCGCGGCAAGUCGAUAUCGAUCUUCUGCAACGUGUCUGGCACGCCGGUGUACUCGGUGUCCAACCUGACGAAUAUGUUCCGCUAUACGUGGACUGCUGAAAGGAAGUCCAUGCUGAGCGCGCCCAACCUGAAGGUGGUCGGGCCUUCGCUGGUGCUCACUGGCAUAGAGCCCAGGAACUUCGGGACGUACACGUGCUCGCAGGAUAAGAUCGUGGCCCGCAGUGUGAGAGUAAACGUCAUAGAGAUACCCGACUUUAACAUUGUUUUUACACCGCUUUACAAGUGCCUCGGCGAGUGUACUUAUGAGGACCUUGAGAACAUACAGAACUUGGGUCAGGAGAUACAGAAGUCUGCAAACUGCUGCGGCAUCGUUACCAGCUCUGCGCGCGUCGACCAUCCUAUAUCGCUGUCAGAUCAGCAAAAUGAAGACCUGCUGAAGCCGACGGUGGUUAUAACAGCAGUGGCGCCGCCUGGCAUCGAGUGCGGACCCGAGUGCCGGCGCGACCUCACCUGCUCCAUCGCACUGCUGUGGGCCAGCAACGCGCCCGCACUCACCACUGUCAAAGUUGUAAUCAUUUACGACAAGUUUAAUAAUACACUAACCCCCGUGGACAGCAAUAUGCCCAAGAUGUCGAUAUCAAAGAAAUUGAAAACUAAAGAUUCAAACGGUCAUCGGGAGUACCUGGUUCUAUCGAGGUCUAUGUCCCCCGGAGACGUGGACGUGGUGGUCGCAUGCCCCGCUGGGUACUACCUGCUAACUGACCAGAAGAUUUGUGCGGUGUGCCCGGCCAACACGUGUGCGGCGGCGGGCGAGAACACGUGUGCGCCGUGUCCGCGCGGCACGCACGCGGAGCCCGGCGCUGCCGCCUGCCGCCUCGGCCUCAGUCGCCUGCACAGGUACGAUAACCCAGUAUUUCAGUCGCAGGGCUGGCAGUGGUGGCAGUGGUGGGGGCGAGGCGGGCGCGGCGGCUGCCCUUGGCGCUGGUGGCAGUGGGGCGUGGCUGUGUGUGGCUUGCUGUGCGCUGGCUGCGCGUGCGCGGCGGGGGGUCUGAGCGCGCGCCGCAACGACCCCCGCGUCUCGCCCUCCGCGCCCCCCGCGCCCGCCGCGCACCCUGCGCCCCCCGCGCCCGGUGCGGCCCAGCGACAUCAUCACUAUUCCGAGCGAUGCUGCGGCGGCCUGCGCCGGCUGCGGCGGCCGCUGUCUCCGUCGCGCGUCAUUCUAGAACGACUCUACAAGCGCUCCCAAUCUUCGUCGAGAGCGACUGAUUCUCAAGACACAAAGUUUGUGAUAACAGAAAGCAUGAUGUCAGAGGUGGUACCACCCCCUCUACCGCCCAUCGAUUUCGAGUGAAAGUUUCUUAGAAACCCCUGUUAUUUGUCGCAAUACCAAAUGUAUACAAACCGAAAUACCAAUUCCGAUCGAAAUAAAAAUUAAAGUUGGCAGAAUAUUUAACCGAAGUACUAAAUAUACGAUGUUAUCUCAAUAUUGUUUAUAAUUCACGUAAGAAAAUAGAGGUUAGAGUUUUUCUAUUAGAGUUGAUCUCAUGCAACACACUGUCGAUAAUCAAAAGCCAGUAAUAAUUUUUAAAUUUCAACGAACAGAUUUCCGAAUUAUCGGGUUACAUUCGGCUCGUGCCAUGUGUUCGUAAUAUAUUGAUAUAUAAUUUGUCUUUCUAAGCGUAUUUUGUGGUUACUUUUAGAUAUCGUGUAUUUAAGAAGGCAUUUAGAUAGGUACCUAUUUGCUAAGAGUUAUUAUUUGUAUUUAGUAACACUGCUACUUAUGUUUGGCUUAAGUUUAAAUAAAGUACAGUGAUGCGGU